AAUAAUGCGGCCAGUUGCAGAGGCAGAAAAGGCGGAAAUAAAUUGAAUGAAUCUCAGAAAAAUGGUAAGUAGUUGGAUAACCUCCCCUUUACAAUGUGAGAUUUUUUUUUUUUAAAUUGCAAUUGACUCUUAUUAUCUCUAGUUCACUAAACUACUAAUAUUUUGUAAACUUGCACAAAGCAUUGUCCCAAAAGAUUCAAGAUGUGUAUAAAUGAUAAGAUGAGUUUUUAAUUUUUGAAAAGACACCAACAAACUUCAGCUCCAGUUCAAAAUGUCCUACACCAAAACUUUCAACAGCCCUUUUCAGCCAAUCAAAUCCCCUUGUUUUAAUCAUCUUCAGUCUCCGUGUCAAACUUACGUCACCAGUCAUGUGACAGCUGGUUUGGCUAAAAUCCCCAACGCACAAGAUUCUAUUGCUAUAUAUCAAACAAAUCCAUGAUAGAGAUUGUGUUUUACUGAUACUACGAUUCUGGGCCUCAACUCAUUGAUUUAUUUCAAUCAUGGAUUUUAAUAACAGUCAUUUAUAAACCGGUUUUGGUUUGAGGAAUCAGGUUUUAAACAAUUUUUUUUUUAAAAUGUCCAAUCAGGGCUCCAUUCGUGCAAGAACACAUUGCUUUAGCGUUACUGCACUUUUGUAAAAAAAAAAUUUUUUCUAAGAAAUAAAUACAUGUUUAUUAAGGGUGGGGUGUAGCAGGUGGAAACCCGUGACGAACUGUGUAGUAAGAAAGGCCCGGAGCCCGCCCCCCAACGGAGAUUGUAAUAACAAAUCAAAGGCCCAUGACGAAUGCUCGUCGCGUCGUCGUGAGCCAGCACGUCCCUGGGGUGUAGUGUGGUCUUAGGUGAACUGCCCCCCCCCCCACCAUUACUUGACACCCUCACUGCAAUGUAUUCCAUAUAUUGGUUUAGUAUUAUUUAUUUUAAAAUCUAGACUUUUUUUUUGUUCUUCUUGAUAUACGUAGCUAUCAUGGAUCAAUAGGAUUCGAACACCAGUCUUGAAAAUCAGCCAACCGGAUUUUGUUUAACAUGCUUAAUUUCAAUUGCUUAUCCUUGUGUCCAGCGGCCCCCCAAUGGGACAAAGCGCCCCCCAAGAAUGGCCAACUCGACGUCCGGGAGAACACCAACGUCACUCUGACGUGUGCCGUCAAGGGCAGGCCGACCCCGACGAUGCGCUGGACGGCCGGCCGGAAGAACAUCACCAAAGCGCACGCUGCCAAGGUAACAGAUGGGUGCUCACCGAAUAAAUACACACUGGGUCAGUGAUUCUCAAACUGUGGUACAUUAAGUGUAGUAGUCGACCAACACAAGAAAUGGUCGCUGCAUCCCUCUAGUACACGACCAGCCACUGACUUAGGCCUAAUGGUAAAGUCCAAAUACGGGAAAGGAAUUAUUUAUAUAUGCAAAACCUUGGCAAACUUCUAUCUGUAAAUAUACCAUUAAUUCCACACAGCUAAUAAAGAUCAAUACUCAAAAGGGUCGAGAUUCAAUCUCUUAGGACCCUGGACAUGAUUUCUACGGCGCGCCUCAUCUGCUGUGUAAUUCCACACAGCUAAAUAAUUCGUAUAGUCUUAAUGCCCAGCAAGCGAAAAAAUUAAGCAGACGACAUUGAAGGGUUCAGUGAGAGCAGCACUGCGUGACGUCACACUCAAGUUAAUUCAGAAUUGAGAAGUGUGUAAUUUCUACAGUUAACUGCUUUGACUGGUUCGCUCCCCUUGGCAUUAAAUUGAUGUUUACAUUUACCGAUACACGCCUCUGAUCAAAUCAAUACGUUAUUUUUGUCUCGGCUUUUGGUCUAUUUUUGGUCUGAUUAAAGUUGUAAUUUAUAUUUUGUAGGCUUGUUGACAUUGAGGCACGGAUCAAAGGAUUGUUUGGCAAUAAAACAGAUAGCCAUUUUUUUCCCUAUUUAUAGGAUUUCUCAUCUGACUCCGCCAGCCAAAUCAGCUGUACUACGUGCUAAAUUAACGGGAGUGAGUGCAGAUGGUAGGAGGAAAGUGGAAUGUAGCACUGAGGAGUGGGAUGGCGUGUAGCACAGAGGAGUGGGAUGGCGUGUAGCACAGAGGAGUGGGAUGGCGUGUAGCUCAGAGGAGUGGGAUGGCGUGUGGCAUUGAGGGGUGGAGUGGUGUUAGGGAAAGAAAAUGAGAUUUUGAGAUGUAGAAAGAAAAAAGAUAUGAGAAAGAAAGGGGGGGGGGUUUGGUGCCCCUUGCUAGCUGUAUUGCAAUUCUGACUUUUAAAGGAAGUCAAACUGUCCAGACGCUCCCCUCACUACGACGCCAAAGUCUGGAGCGGGAGUCAUGGACUCGGAGUCGAAGUGGGUACAUAACACGCUCAUCUAUCGUAUUCAGUGUUUCGUUCAUGCAUCUCUCCGGGGUAAGAGGGUAGACCCCCCCCCCUCCUGGAGCAGGUCACUUUGCCUCCCUCCGGAUAACCCCCCCCCCUCCCCCCCAAUUUAAAGAAAGCUUCGUUACCCAUUUGUUCAGUUUACCGGUGGGUCAAAGAAUAGAAUUGUCUUGGCAGGGCCGCAACGAUUAUUGUUUAUUCUUAUAUGUCACCGGGUCCAAUAGCUGAUGGUUUGAGGACCUGGUAUCUAGAUUCUAAAAAAAAUAAUCGCCAGGUGUAAAGGCGGCUUCAUGGAUAAUAGUAAUAAUAAUAAUAAUAAAGUUCAUUUCAAAAACACGCUUCAUCCCCAAAGGCUCGAAGCGCGGUACAAAGUCAACAAAAAACAAAUCUAUAAUUUACCACAUUUAAAACAAACGCAACACUACAAAAACUAAUUACAAGCAUACAAUGUCAAAGUCUUUCAACCCAUAGGAUAGACAAAACAUUGAAACGAAAGGAGUUUAAAUUUCGAAGUGGCGGUCUGCAUUGGAUUGGUACACGUGAUCAUUACUAAACACUUACCCAAUUAAUUUGACAACUAGGAGUGAAAUAGUGAAACAUGAAUAUCGACCGCAAUCAUCGUCCUUCACACACUGGACAGUUCUUUUGUGUUAAAAAAUACUUGCCGUAUUUUCGCGCAUUAAGACACAGCUAAUUAUGAGACGCACCCAUAUGUAAGACGCACCCAUAUGUUAGACUCACCCAUAUGUAAGACGCACCCAUAUGUUAGACUCACCCAUAUGUAAGACGCACCCAUAUGUUAGACGCACCCAUAUGUAAGACGCACCCAUAUGUAAGACGCACCCAUAUGUUAGACUCACCCAUAUGUAAGACGCACCCAUAUGUAAGACGCACCCAUAUGUAAGACGCGGGUUUUGACGAUUUGUGUCAAAAUAUCUUACAUAAGACGCACCCUGGGUGCGGGUAUGUCAAAGUUCAUAUAAGACGCACCCUGGGUGCGGGUAUGUCAAAGUUCAUAUAAGACGCACCCUGGGUGCGGGUAUGUCAAAGUUCAUAUAAGACGCACGCUGGGUGCGGGUAUGUCAAAGUUCAUAUAAGACGCACGCUGGGUGCGGGUAUGUCAAAGUUCAUAUAAGACGCAUCAAAGAGGGCAUUACUAGCAUCAUUUUACAUGUUGAACGCAAAUGAAAGAAAAAACACACAAAAAAGUCAGGUAUAAUAAUUACGUUUUCUAAAUAUUCCUAAGUGUUGCCGGAGUCAAGAAGAUAAAAGGAAAUUGUUUUGUAGAAGAGUAUCGAUAUUUUUAUGGUUUUUCAAACUGGUCAUUUUUUAUAAAUCGUACGUGAAGGGUAUAAUUAUGUGAAGAAGACGGGAGAUGUUUAUAACAGACAAUAAAUUUAUUAAUUUGUGAUUUUAUCCGAGGGAAGCAUAUCAAAAUAAAAAUAAAGCAUACAUUCCCCAGAUGCAGUUGAAAUGUUUAUUUGGAAUGUCAUACUAGUAUAACUUUCUUCCGAUAAAUGACAAAAUUACCUCCUCGAUAUACUUUUACACAAAUUUUUAAACCGAAUCCAAAGAGUGUAUAGGACGAUCGCCAACAGAUCUGACCAGGACCAGCUACAACAGGAUCUCAAUCUGUUAGCUGAGUGGGAGAUGAGCUGGGACAUGGAAUUUCACCCUGCCAAGUGCCAGACACUAUCAAUCUCUAGAAGUUGUACUCCUCUACACUACCAAUACAAACUGCACGGCCAUAUUCUUGAGCAAGUUUCCUCCGUAAAGUACCUGGGUGUUACCAUUCAAAGAGAGGUCCGAUGGGAUGAACAUAUUAACAAUGUAUGUAACCAAGCAAACAAGACCCUAGGGUUCUUAAGGCGAAAUCUAAAGAUUGGCAACUCCUGUGUGAAAGAAAGAGCAUAUAAAGCCUUUAUCCGUCCGAUUUUAGAUUAUGCAUCUUCAGUCUGGGACCCAUUUACCCAGAAGAGCAUUGACAGGUUGGAGGCGGUCCAGCGACGAGCAGCACGCUUUGUCCUAAACCGCUACAGGAAUACCUCAAGUGUUGGCAGCAUGCUAGAAACACUAGGCUGGUCACCAUUGGAGAAACGACGACGACAAUCCAGGCUCUCCAUGAUGUACAAGAUAAAUAAUGGGCUGGUCCACUGUUCCAGUAUUAAACAGAAACUCGUACCUCUCCCCCAUAGACAGCGACGAGGCCAUGACAGGCAAUUCAGGCUCAUACCAGCAAGAAGCCAGUAUAGGAGCUGCUCAUUCCUGCCCAAGACAAUCAGGGACUGGAACAAUCUUUCAAAAGGAACGGUUGAGGCGACAACACUAGACACAUUUGUGUCUAUUGCCUCAAGCCUUCAAACCCCCAGUGCAUGAUUCCCUCACAAAGUGGCACUGGAAAUCUGUGAAAUUUCCUCAUCAACACCAGGAACAGAAACAUUGCAAAUCCCAUCUACAUGCAUAGGAGCCAAAAUGAUCAAUAAAUUGAUCGUGGGCCCUUAAGAUAUAGAAGAAGAAGAAGAAGAAGAAGAAGUUAAUUUUUUUUAAAUUGACGAUCUAGGAAGAAGACAUUGUGUUUAAAAAAACAAUAACAAAACAAAUAGAAUGGGCUUAAUAAAUCCUCGAAAUGCUUGGUCACAAAGUUUUUUCAUUUCUUUUCUUUCUACUGGAUUAUUAUUCUGAUAUUAUAAAGAGAAAAGCAGUUUAGAAUUUUAUGAAAUAGAGGCUGAUUAUUUUUUGAAACUCUGUUACUUAGGAAACUUUUUUUUUUUUUUUACAAAAGUAUCACACUCAAAGAAAAGACUUAAGCUUCCGCUGUAAUAAAGAUUGUUGAAACGUGCACUCACUAUUUCAAGUAUUUGUUUGAGCCCAUGGAGUCAAGGACAUUUAAAAUUAUGCUGAAUACAUUAUGUUUAAAGCAUAAUGCCAUCAUACAAUGUAUAAUUAACACCUAUUCCUACUUUAAAAGUCAUGCAUUUAAGAUGAAAUAUAAUUGGUCAUGUUUGAUACUUAGCAAAAAUCUAUAUUAAAAUUAUAGACCUUGAUAUCGAUGUAGAGGUAGUUUAAUACAAUGUUUUUAUAGUCGUUGAACUUGUCAGGUUGCAAGAAAUAAAUUAAUCAAACUACCGAAAUAUGCGAACAAAGUAAAGUAAGCUUUUGGAUUAUAAUCAGGAGCGGCCAAUUUUCGCAACAGUACGAUAUUUAUAAUCGAAUACUGUAAGCCUGUAACAAGGUUAGCCUUAAAUAUGCAGGUCAUUAAAUAUAUUGGGCGUAGCGAUAUUUCAUAGGUUCCACUUAUUGUAAUCGGUUAGAGGCACCAGAUAAUAUUCUUUAUGAAAAUGUUAUUAAAAUGUUAUAAAAAAUGUUAUAAAAAUGACAGUUUUGAUUUUGUUGUACACAUUUUUCUUCCAUUUGACUUUUUUUCGGGGGUGAGGGGGGGGAUACCAUCAAAACAGAUGCUUGAAAGAACCACUGGAGCCCCAACGAAGAUCGUGCAGUCUGUUGGGUAGGAUUUAUGAAAAUGUUAUUAAAUUGUUAUAAAAAAUGUUAAAAAAAUUACUGUUUUUUUUUUUUUGUACACGUUUUUCUUCCAUUUGACUUUUUUUGGGGGGGGGGGGGGGGGGGGGAUACCAUCAAAACAGAUGCUUGAAAGAACCACUGGAGCCCCAACGAAGAUCGUGCAGUCUGUUGGGUAGGAAGGGGCGUCGUAGAGUCGGGGCGACACAAUGCUUCACUACAUCAACUUUCUUCCCAGUCCACAAUUGUUAACAUUUCAUAAGCCGGGCUUCUAUGUGGCAUUACUAUUCUCUGACAGUAGGACACAUCCAGGGGUGUCCAAAACUGUGUUGACCUUCCAGGGUACGUAACUCGCUAGCUGGACCGAUGUUGUUGUUUUUGUUCUCCUCCAUCUAGUACCGUCAGAAGAGAGGCCGGCUCACCAUCAAGAAUGUCAACAUGGACGACUCGGGUCCCUACACGUGUAUGGCUGACAACGGUCUGGGCAAGCUCAACUACACCUACCACAUCAACG